UGAGCGUUUUGCAUUUGCUAACUUUGUAUAUAUUUUGUGGCUAUGGUUCGUUUUUUUAAAUUUGGUCCAACCUUUUCUGGCCUUCAUUCCGGAAGUAGUUCGUCCAGAAAGAAAGAUUCAAGUAAGGGAGCGAAUAUUAUGGACCAUCGUAACUCUUAUGAUCUUCUUAAUACUUCAACACAUCCCUUUAUUUGGGAUAAUGGCCUCGGAAAGUGCAGAUCCUUUAUACUGGUCUCGUGUAAUAAUGGCUUCAAAUAGAGGCACGCUAAUGGAACUUGGAAUUACUCCUAUAAUUACUUCUGGAAUGAUAAUGCAGCUGUUUGUAGGACUCGGGCUUAUAAAAGUGAACCGUGCUGUGAAAGAAGAUCGAGCUUUAUACUCCGGAGCUCAGAAAUUGUUUGGAAUUCUACUUGGCGGUGCGCAGGCGACGUUGUACGUCCUCAGCGGGAUGUACGGGGAGCCGUCCAAGCUUGGCUUUGGCAUCUCUCUGCUGAUAGUCGUGCAACUCACAUGGGCCGGCCUCGUUAUUUUGCUAUUGGACGAACUUUUGCAGAAGGGCUACGGUAUUGGCUCUGGUAUUUCACUUUUUAUCGCUACCAAUAUUUGCGAGACGGUCAUUUGGCAGUCCUUUUCUCCUCGAACUGUCAAUGUUGGGCGCGGGCCCGAGUUUGAAGGCGCCAUUCUUGCAUUGUUUCAUUCGCUGAUGACUCGAAGAGAUCGACUUCGUGCUUUGAAAUAUAUUUUUUACAGAACUCAACUCCCCAACUUUAUGAGCCUUAUUUCCACCGUCGCUAUUUUUUUUGUAGUUGUCUAUUUGCAAGGCUUCCGCAUCGACGUGCCAAUCAAAAGCCUCCGAAAUCCGGGCUACCAAUUAGCACCGUUUUCAAUCAAGUUGUUCUACACGUCGAACAUACCAAUCAUGUUGCAAACUGCGCUGCUCUCGCAGUGCCUCAUGCUUUCGCAGUUGCUUUACUAUAAGUUCCCUUCAAACAUGUUUGUUCGCCUUUUUGGUUCUUGGUCUUCUGGACAACAACACGGUUCGCCGACUGGAGGAUUUGUGUAUUAUUUGAGCCAUCCUGAUUCGUUCUCUUCGUUUGUGAGCGACCCCUUCCACAUGCUCGUCUACGUUUCCUUCACUCUGGGCACGUGUGCUCUUUUCUCUCGCCUUUGGAUUGACGUGAGUGGCUCCGGCCCAAAGGAAGUUUUUAAGCAACUCCGCGACCAGGGAAUCGCCUAUGCCGGCCGCCGCGACAAAUCCUUAAAAUCCGUCUUAGAGCGCUACAUUCCGACAGCCGCUGCACUGGGCGGUUUGUUUAUUGGUCUGUUGUCCAUUGCGGCGGAUCUUAUGAACGCUAUUGGCUCAGGCACUGGAAUUCUUUUGGCUGUCACAAUUAUUUAUCAAUAUUACGAAGCUGUAGUUCAAGAAAAAGAUGUGGAUUUUUCUUAAUUAAAAGAAAUAAAUUUAGAAGCAUCAAAAAAGGAUC